AUGGCUUACAGUAGUAGUUUAGCUCCUUUCUUUUGCAUGCUUUUGCUUGCAUGUUGCGUUUUCCAAACACCAGUUUCUGGUGCAGAAUCAGUAGAUAAAGUGAUUUUUCGUUUCAGAUACAAGGUUCACAUUCUCAAUGGCUUUGCAAACAAUGCUAAGCCAUUGAUCAUUAGUUGCCAUUCCAACGACGACGAUCUCGGAGUCCAUACCCUUUGGAAUAACCAAGAAUUUCUAUUCAAGUUCAUCGUUCACUUUGUUAAGACGACUCAUUUUGUUUGUGACUUCAACUGGGGAUCAAAGUCUUUGCCUAAUAUCAGUGUUUUCAAGAACGGGGAAGAAACUCAUACAUGUAAAGGUACAGGGAAUUGCUUCUGGAAAGCAGCUGAAGAUGGGAUUUAUUUUAGCAAUAAUGAUCAAAACUGGGAGAAAAAGUUUGACUGGUGA